AUGGAGGAGAGCGACACCGCCGCCGCCAAAGAAUGGGUUGCCACUGAAGGGGAGAAGGACAUUCUGCAGCGACUCAACGGCAAUGAUCCUGCACAACAACUCCGACAGGUGCAAACGCGAGCCCACUUCGGAAGGGACCUGGUGCGGGUGCUGCUUCACGCUCUCGAAGAGGAGCUCUCCUCCUCGGCGCCGGACCAGGCUUUGCCUCUGCCGCUCAAGUUGGUGGUGGCCAACGCGCUGCAGGACCACAUCCGCACGCGCUGGCACGAACCGACCAUGCCUGCCGAGGACAAGCAGGCCAUACGCGAGGGCCUGAUGGAUGCCCUCUUUGCACCAGCGCCAGCGGCGGCCAGCGCAGGACAGGGCGCCCGAGCCGAACCUUGGCGUACCAUUCUCCAUGGUUGCGUGCAGCGAGCGUGGGAGGACGAUUGCCACGCUGCAUCGCCCUGCAAGACCUUCCUCGACCGAGCCAUGACGAUCAUCUUGAGAAGUGCAGCCUCCGUCGGCUCGGGGGGACAGACGAAGGGUAAGGAAAAGGUGGUGCACCGCCGCUCCGAGAGUGAUGCCGACUCGGUACGGCAACAGUCACCAGUCGACGGCCUCCUUCUCGAAGAAGCGCUUGCCGUUUUGUACAACCUCAACAAGCACUUCCAAUAUCGCACGGCCUUCAAUUCGGUCAAGCUCGAGAUCGUCGAGCAUGUGCUUCCCGUUUUGUUGAAGCUGUUCACAAGGCUCAUGGAGGAUAAGGCCAAGCUCGAACAACAUACCACCCACAUCCAAUAUCUGCUCAAAUCCUAUUGGGCACUCUCCCGCAUGGGCGGAAGCAUAGCGGAACAGAGCGCGGAGCAACAACGCGGGUGGAACGACCAAAUCUCUGCCCUCGUCGACGCCACCCUGCCCUUUGAACGGUGGGAUGUGUGCCCCGCGGAUGACGACCUCUCCGCAGCUCAGCUGGCUUGGUGGAAAUGCAAGCGAUACGGCUGGAUCGUAUUGACCCGAUACAUGAAUCGGAGAGCGAGAAAGCAAGCAGAUCGAUUGGGAGCCGACGAGCGUAUGCAGGCCCUGACCAAGAUCUGCCUGCGAUGCCUGCACGACUACUGUUCCAAACAGUGGAAACUCUCGCAGCCCGUCGUGGACACUCGAGCAAUGAUGCUCGAGGGUCAGGCUGAUCGGCUCAUUGACGAUCUGGUCUCCAUGUGCCAGCUCUCGCCUGUGCAUCUCCAAUUAUUCUACGAACAACCGCUUGACUACUUGCGUCAGGAAUAUGACAUGGACAAUAUGUUCUCCAAUGCCGCUUCAGUAGCAAAGAACCUGCUCAGUGAUGUGCUGCACGAUGACGUUGUCUUCGAGAAGAUUCUUGCACGGGUCGAACUUGGGCUGAGAAGUGCUGAUAUGUUGCAGAAGGAUGCGGCGCUCAGCAUUCUCGGGUACAUCUACUUCAAGGAAGAUAGCGCUGCUUCAGCAGCGCGCAUACUUGCCGAGCACGUUCUUCCCAUCGCCCGUGACCAAACAGCCGACACUCUUCUCCGUGCCAGGGCCUGUUACGCUGUCCAUGGCGUGAGUCGGGUCUUCCUCGGCAUCGCCCAUUUCACCAGCGACAUUGAGGCGGUUGUGGCUGAAGCAACGCAAGUCAUGCUGGUCUGCAUGAAAGACGAUGCCAUCACCGUGCAGUUCUAUGCAGCCAUGGCCAUCUCGCAGCUCGUGUUUGAAACGGAGAGCUCAUCGGCUUUCAUGACUGCUUUCCCCUGGAUCCUCGAGACCAUCAUCAAGAUCAUCGAGGCGGUAGGGAACGACGAGCUGAUUCCGGCGCUCAAUUCGAUCAUCUCCCAUCUGAAUCUGCAACAACUGACCCAGUACGCGGUGGUACUGUGCAAGCACCUCACGGACGCCUUCAGCAGGGUGGCGAGCCGCGCUCUGGAAGACGACAACAGUGCUAUGCUUGCCGUUGGCUGCCUCUCAGCCUUGAGCGGAGUAUUGGACUCGCUGUUCAACGUGAGACCCAAGGAGCACGACGAUUCGGUUGAGUUCCAGCAACAGGUCGCAGCAGUGACAGCACUACUUGUGCCCUGGCUACACACGCUUUUCACCGGCCCUGGCGACAACAUCGUCGAGUUUGUGGAAGAGCUCAUGCGUAUACUGUCCUAUCUCACGUUCCACGUCGUUCCCACUCCGGAAGACCUCUUCAGCUUGUUCAUACCCCUGUGCGAGCUGAUCACGAAUCAGUACGAAAUGGUCGAUUGGCUCGAUGAAUUAUCCAUGCCCAUGGGCAACUUCAUCGCCAACGGCACCGCUCAAUUCCUCAGCGAGAAAAGGUACAUCGACCACUACUACCAGGCCUGUUCUCUCGCGAGCACAUCCACAGACGAAGUCUGUCUGUCUGACCACACCGUGCUCGCCACGCAUCAGCCCGACUUCGUGAACACGAUCAUUGUUCGGGCUUAUUGCCGCAUGGUGGGUGAAUUCUUUGAGCACAGCAAAGAAUACCCGGGAUCAAUCGACGGCGAGGUGGACAGGUUCUUGCAGCUGGUGGUGCGACAGCUUCCCAGCAUCCGUCCGAUCGAGAACAAGGGUCACGUGCUCGUUUGGGGCCUGAGUGUGGUGGCCCACGCACUCUACUACAAUCCCACCAUCACCGUGCAGUGCCUUGCGCAGCACGAGCAGCUCGACCUGGUCUUCUCGCUAUUCUACGACCACUCGGACCUGGUGAUCAACCGCUUCAUGAAGAGCUCUCUUCUCGAAAAGGUGUUCGUGGCUGGCUUCUGCAGCCUUCUCUCGACCGUGCAGGAGUCAACGCCGCCGCAAGCUACUCGGAUGUGGUCUUCCCACGACGGUGAAGAGGCCUUCAGCGAGGAGCAGGAGAUGGAGGUUAGCGAUAAGGACGAAGACGGAGAAGAGACCUCAAGCAAGCGGAAGAGGGAGGACAGCGUUAGGGGGGACUCGCCCGUCUUGCCCGCCAAGAGAAAGCGAAACGACGACUCGAGACUGGCGUUGGACGAGAGCGGUGAUGCCAUGGAAUUCCUCACUGACCUCUACGAGGACGAUGCGGCCGAAAAGGACAGCUUCACUAUCGAGGAAGAGGGUAAUGGCGAAGAGGAACUAAACGCCAUGCUGCCAACUGCCGAGGGCGCCUAUUUCGAUCCCCUGGAGGACGAGGGAGGCCUGUUUGACGCUAUGGGUAGCAUUGUCGAAUCUCCCACUCCAAUGACGUCCCUCGAUGUGUUUGGCAUCUUCUACACCACAAUUCAAGAGCUCCAGACCAGAGAUCUGCACACAUACCACCUGCUCAGUGCCGCGUUGGACAGUAAAGAGCAGCAGAUGAUGGAUGGUUUCUUGCAGCUGGGUGCUGAGCGAAGACAGCGCGUCAAGUCCCUCAAGCAGAUAUGCGUGCAAGCGAUAUGCAGCUCCCCUGUGCUGUACGCCAAGGCGGAGCAGGAGGCCAACUGCCUGCCAGCUACGGUGUGGAGCGAUGUGCAGGCAUAUCGACAGGUCACCAGCCAAGCGACAGCCAAGAGGAAGGGAGGGUUCUUAUCGCCCCGUAAGCCACGUCACAAGAGCAGGGCCUCUCUUCGCUCCUCUUCGGCGAUGGAUGACGAACUCUAG